CAAUUUUCUCACAGGGCUUUUGGUGCGGAAGUUGUAAUUUAAAACCUCCACCGAUACUGCCAAGGAAAGAGAUUCAUCUUGAGGGGGUUUUAAAAUUGAGGAAAACACCAUUUUCCUUAUUGCUGACGCGGACUGGGAGCUGUAGCUACAUGCAGUAGCUUGGACUGCUACAUCCACCAUGUUUCUUUGGGUUUUAGUUUUAGGGGCCUUCGUUUCUAAAUCAGAAUGUUACUUUUCAGAGGAGAAAUAUCCAGAAGAAUCGAAAAUGCAGCCGCCAACGGUUGUUAUUGCGAUCAUAGCUCGGAACGCCGCGCAUUCCUUGCCUUACUACCUCGGAGCAUUGGAGAGACUGAACUAUCCCAAAGCACGCAUUUCUGUUUGGGCAGCGACAGAUCACAAUGCUGACAACACGACAGCUGUUCUGAGAGAAUGGCUGACAGUCAUGCAACAGUUUUAUCACUACGUGGAAUGGAGGCCUAUGGAGCAUCCUACGUCCUACCCAGGAGAGAUGGGGCCUAAAUACUGGAGCAACGGCAGAUAUGAAUACCUGAUGAAACUUAAACAGGCUGCUCUCAACUUCGCCAAGACACGCUGGGCUGACUACAUACUGUACGCUGACACAGACAACAUCCUGACCAACCCAGAGACUCUGAACCUUCUGAUAGCAGAGAACAAGUCUGUUGUGGCCCCCAUGCUGGACUCUCAGGGAGCCUACUCCAACUACUGGUGCGGCAUCACUCCCCAAGGUUACUACCGGCGAACAGCUGAGUAUUUCCCCACCAGACAGCGCCACCGGCUGGGCUGCUACCCGGUGCCCAUGGUCCACUCUACCUUCCUACUGGACAUGAGGAAGACAGGUAUGAAGAAGCUGGCCUUCCACCCUCCUCACCAGGACUACUCCUGGCCCUUCGAUGACAUCAUCGUCUUCGCCUUCUCCUGCCGCGUCUCAGAGGUGCAGAUGUACCUGUGUAACAAGGUGAGGUAUGGUUACCUGAACGUCCCAGCCAAGCCUCACCACACCAUAGAGGACGACAGCAUCAGCUUUAGUCAUCUCAUCCUGGAGGCCACCAUCGAUGGCCCCCCCAUGGCCCCCUCCAAAUACGUGAGCCUCUUCCCCAAACAGAGAGACCUCAUGGGCUUCGAUGAGGUGUACCUGAUCAACCUGCGUCGUCGUCAGGACCGCAGAGACAGGAUGCUGUACUCUCUCAAUGAGCUGGAGAUAGAUGUCAAGGUGGUGGACGCCAUCGAUGGAGGAGCUCUGAACAGCAGUGAUAUAAAGAUUCUGGGAGUGGACAUACUGCCUGGUUACUAUGACCCGUUCUCUCGCCGUACCCUGACAAAAGGAGAGGUGGGAUGCUUCCUGAGUCAUUACUACAUCUGGAAGGAGAUGGUAGACCAGCAGAUGGACAAGGUGCUGAUCUUCGAGGAUGACGUGCGUUUCCAGGCCAACUUCAAGCGGCGCGUACUGCGUCUGAUGGAGGAGGUGGAGAUGGUGGAACUGGACUGGGACAUCAUUUACCUGGGCCGUAAGCAGGUGAAGCCAGGUGAUGAGGAGGUGGUGGAGAACGUGAGGAACCUGGUGGUAGCAGACUAUUCCUACUGGACCCUGUCCUAUGCCAUUUCUCUCCAGGGGGCCCAGAAGCUGCUCAACGCUGAACCCCUCUCCAAGAUGCUGCCCGUCGACGAAUUCUUACCCAUCAUGUACGACAAACACACCAAUGAGAACUACAAGUCCCACUAUCCUAACCGUAACCUGCAGGCGUUCUCCACACGCCCCCUACUGGUGCAACCAGCCCAAUACGCCGGGGACCCCAAGUGGGUGAGUGACACAGAGACCUCCACGCUGUGGGACGACGACAACGUGCGAACAGACUGGAGGGGCUCCCACAAAACGCUGAAGGGGGCUCCCCAACCCGACAUGCUGCAGACGUCAUAUAAAGAUGAGCUGUAGUUCAACCAUAUGUAUUCAUGCCUGAUUCACACUGUACGGCCAACCCCAUCCUUACUGCGCUGACUUGGAUGUGGUCUUUUCACGUUGUUCUUUUACAGCAAGGUUCCAAAAACAACUGUGGCUGCAUAACCAGGCAGGCAGUGUUUGGUUUGACUUGGUAGUGUGAAAAGGGUUACUGGUUAUGGUGUCACUGCUGACUGUGCCAUUCAUCAGCGACACUUCAUUUCUCACUGUAUAAUUCGCCAUUUUGUAUUUGGUACGUCGGUCCAUAAUCACUGGGAGUGACUGAAUAUACAGACAGCAGUGAUGCUGGCGGAGGCUCUAUAGACUUGGUCAAGUGCCCCAGGACCUGAUUUCAAAGUGUGUGUGGGUUGGUUAGUGUGUGUGUGUUCAAAUCAAGUGAUGCAUGUUAGGAAUGGCAGCGUUCAUGGAAGGACACUCCUAUACUGUCAGACACCUUCAAGGGUUGGGGUCAAUUUCAAAUUGAAGGCAUUCAUAUAUAUAUAUAGCACAGUUGGGGUCAAUUCCUAUUGAAGCCAGUCAAUUCAGGUAGUGAAUUGAAUUAAAAAUUAAUUAAAUAAAUAAAUAAGCUUCUACUUUUUCAGUUUAUUAUGACGUCAUUGAAAAAAUAAAAUAAAUAAAUAUAUAAAUAUAUCAAUAGGAAUGACCCCAACUGUGCUAUUGUGCACUGCAGAGCACUCCAGGGCCUGGGUGAGUGACCCUCGCUGUAUAUCUAGUCACUGGGCGUCAGAAAACAGAAAUACUGGAGGAAACCAUUCUCUUUUAUAUCACAUUCUACUCAUUCUGUGUGGUAAUAUGUUAGGAGCAGUGUCUCUCUCUAGGCCUGACCUCAUGGUAGACUUACAUCAUUGAUGGUGUCAGUUGCCACGACAAUCAAGUUACAUUCUGACUGAGCUCAUCUAUAGUGGUUUGUGUUGAUGUAUUUCUUCUGUGUACAAAUUCUAUUAUUUGUACAAUUCAUAUGGACAGUUUUCCUAAUUUAUUUCUAGCAUUAUAUUGUGCUUUUUGAAUGCACAGUAUUAAACCCAAGUGCAAUGUCUUAAUUGUAGUGAAAUUCCCUCUUUGUCAAAUAAAAAAAUACAAAUAAAUGACUAUACUGGACCUUGAUGCCAAGCAACUUCGAAGAUCAAAUGUUUUUCAAAAGUAGCACAUUUGGCAGAAGCUUUGUCAGUGCCAAAACUGUUCAAAAAUGAAUGUGACAAUGAUGUAACUAACUUUAUACAUGAUUAAAAAUCAACUUUUUCAAUUUUUA